CGCUGGUUCGAUGUUGUCAAAGACUCUUAAAUUUUGGAAGGGCUAAGAUACAGUGGGUGCAGUGCGAGAACGGAAUAAACAAAAAGCAGAAAUGACUGUGUCACCUUCAUUUGCUGCUGCAGCCAAACAGGGCCGAGUCCUCAUCAUCGGAGCCACCGGUUUCAUAGGCCAGUUCGUGGCCGAAGCCAGCCUCGAAGCUGGUCGAAUCACUUACGUGCUGGUUCGCUCAGGUCCUUCUAAAGCCAAGACCAUCAAAGCUCUCCAAGAAAAAGGGGCAAUCCCCGUUCCUCAGGGCAAUAUCAAUGAUCAAGAGUUCUUGGAGAAGAUACUCAAGGAGUAUGAGAUAGAUGUCGUGAUAUCUGCUGUCGGCGGUGCCAGCAUCCGGGACCAGUUAACGCUAGUUCAUGCCAUCAAAGCUGUUGGAACCAUCAAGAGAUUUUUGCCGUCAGAGUUUGGGCACGACGUUGACAGAGCUAACCCGGUGGAGCCCGGGCUGGCAAUGUACAUCGAAAAGCGGACGGUGCGGCGGGUGGUUGAGGAAUCCGGCGUGCCCUACACCUACAUCUGCUGCAACUCCAUAGCAUCUUGGCCGUACUACGAUAACACUCACCCUUCGGAAGUUCUUCCUCCCCUUGACCACUUCCAAAUUUAUGGCGAUGGCAGCGUCAAAGCUUAUUUUGUUGCCGGCUCGGACAUCGGGAAAUUCACGAUCAAAGCUGCCGACGAUAUUCGUACGCUGAACAAAUCGCUUCACUUCCGACCACCCUGCAAUUUCCUCAACAUCAACGAACUUGCAUCUCUGUGGGAGAAGAAGAUCGGUCGGAGCCUCCCCAGAGUUACCGUCACCGAAGACGAUUUACUUGCCGCCGCCGGAGAGAACAUAAUCCCACAAAGCAUCGUGGCAUCAUUCACGCACGACAUUUUCAUAAAGGGCUGUCAAGUGAAUUUUUCGAUCGAUGGUCCGAACGAAGUAGAAUUGAGCAGCCUGUACCCAGAUGAAUCCUUCCGAAGUGUGGAUGAAUGCUUCGAUGAGUUUGCUGUGAAGAUGAAGGACAUGCACCAAGAAGGAGCCAAGGACGACGGCAUUGCUGCACAAAACCAUGUUGUGGAAAAGAUGCUGCCCAUCACAGCCAUGUGUGCUUGAUGGUUUAUGAGGGAGCCUUCUUAAUUAAUUACUGCGUGCUGUUUAGCCCACUAUUAAAUUUUUUCUUGCCAUCAUCCAUUAGUCAGCAAAAAUCAACUUUGUUGGCUGUGAUUUGUUUGGAUAAUUUAUGAUUUUCUUAUAAACGUGUCUGAAUGCGUUGUUUCUGAGAGAGGCUGGGACUUUUGUAUUUGUCGACAAUGCAUGCAUGCAUGUUGACAAACGCUAUAAUUCAAGGAAAUAAGUUCAAACUCACUAGUUAAAAGUA